AUGGGAAUAAACCACCCAUACAAAGUACCAAAUCUUGGGCAACUCAUUAUUGUUCAUUGUCAACUUCUGUUUCUGAUUCUACUGGCGUCUUCUUCUUCCAACUCCAAAACGAGUUUCAAAGUCUUUGUGAGUUUUAGAGAAGAGAACGUUGGCAACAACUUUGUCACACAUCUAUACGCAGCUCUAGACCAUGCUGGAAUAUACUACUUUGACGUUCAACGAAGGGAGAAAGAUGAAGGGAAUCUAAUGAUCACAGUUCCGAAGAUGAUCGAGGAAUCAGACCUUGCAAUCAUCAUUUUCUCCGAGGACAACGCCUAUUCAAGGUUGUGUUUGGAAGAGGUGGUGAAAAUCAUGGAGUGUAAGAAGCAAAGAGACCUCAAGGUCUUUCCGGUGUUUUAUAGAGUGGAAUUAGGUAGAGUGAGUGGAUUGAAAGGGAGUUAUCGAACUGGUAUCGAAUAUUUUCAAAAGAAGCUCAACAAGGAUGUGAGGAAAUUGAUGAGAUGGAAGGAUGCUCUCCAGGAGGCGGGGAGCUUGUCUGGGUGGUACUUGGAUGAUGAAAUGUCGGAGGCCAAGAUAAUUGAAGACAUCGUCAAAAAGAUCUCUGAACUGAAAAUGUACGAUGUGUUUCUGAGCUUCAGAGGGAAGGAUGUCCGUGAGUACUUUGUUAAGGGUCUGAACGAGGCCUUGGUGCAAAAGGGCAUAAAGACUUUCAUGGACAGCGAGAACUUACUGAUGGGCCAAGAUUUCCCAUCGAAACUGAAGGAAGCCAUUGAACAAUCUCGCAUGUACGUUGUCGUUUUCUUAGAAAACUACGCCGAAUCUUGGUGGUGUCUGAAGGAGUUGGUGCAGAUCCAAGGGGAGAAGAACAGAACAAAACAGCUGUUGCCGAUAUUUUAUAAGGUGGCACCGCAGGAAGUAAGGGGACAGAAUCCACGGGAAGUGAGUGGAAAGAAACAGAGUUACGAGAAAGCAUUGACCAACCAUGAGAGCGAGUUUGGGAAGCGCAAGGUUAAAAAAUGGAAGGAGGCUCUCUCUAAAGCUGCCAAUGUGAAUGGAAUACAUUUGCAUGAUGGGAACAUGCAUGGUUGCAUCCCUAGGAUUGUUAAAGAGAUAGAGAAGAUGAUGCAAAGGAUUGAAUGACAGCUAGGAUGAAAAGGCUCAAAAUGUCAGUUCCAUAAGACAGAAUAUAAUUUCAUUACACUGGAGAUU